AUGUUAGCUAGAACAAGUGGAAUACGUGGAAUAAUAAUUAAAACGUCAAUUUAUUCUAAUACGCUCAAAAAUAUUCAAAGCUAUUCUGCUGUGAUGUCUAAAUUUGAAUUACCAAAUCGUUUCAAGGAGAAUAAUAAAUCUGUAUGGGUAGAAUAUAUUCAACUUGCCCUAAAAUAUAAACCAUUAAACUUAGGUCAAGGUUUUCCAGAUUUUCAUGCUCCUGAAAGUAUUACUAAAGCUUUAGCUGCUACUGCAAAUAAUGAAAAUCCUCUUCUUCAGCAAUACACAAGAGGUUUUGGACAUCCAAGAUUAGUGAAUGCAAUUGCAAAGUUAUAUUCUAAACUCUUAAAUCGUAAUUUGGAUCCAAAUAAUGAAGUCAUUGUUACUGUUGGAGCUUAUGAAGCAUUAUAUGCUACAUUACAAGGUCAUACAAAUCCAGGAGACGAAUGGAUUAUAAUUGAACCAUUUUAUGAUUGUUAUGUUCCAAUUAUUCGUGUCAUAGGUGGUAUUCCUAGAUUCAUACCAUUAAAACCGAAAAAUACUAGUGGGCCACUUACUUCUGCCGAUUGGACAUUUGAUAAGAAAGAAUUGGAGAAGCUUUUCAAUGAAAAAACAAAAGGAAUUGUAAUCAAUACACCAAACAAUCCUAUUGGAAAAGUAUAUACAUUGGAUGAAUUACAAUUUAUAGCAGAUCUUGCCAAAAAGUGGAAUUGCCUUGUUGUCUCAGAUGAAGUAUACGAAUGGAUUAUUUAUGAAUCAGCUCAACAUAUUAGAAUAGCAACAUUACCUGGGAUGUUUGAACGCACAAUUACUAUUGGAUCUGCAGGUAAAUCAUUUAGCGUCACCGGUUGGAAAAUAGGUUGGGCAUAUGGACCAGCGAAUUUAAUAUACAAUUUACAAGUUGUACAUCAAAAUGUUGUUUAUACUUGCUCAACACCAAUUCAAGAAGCUGUAGCACUUGGAUUUGAAGAAGAGAUGGAGAAAUUUGAUCAACCCGAUUGUUAUUUCUUUAGUUUACCUAAAGAAUUAUUACCAAAACGAGACUAUAUGGCAAAAUUUCUUAGCGAUGUGGGCAUGUCACCUACCAUUCCCGAAGGUGGUUAUUUUAUGAUAGCUGACUGGACAGCUUUAGAGAAAAAGACUAAAUUAGAAGAAGAAACAGAUGCUAAUAAAGAUUAUAGAUUUACAAAAUGGAUGACUAAAAAUGUUGGAGUUCAAGGUAUUCCUGUAUCUGCUUUUUAUUCAGAAGAGCACAAACAUUUAGCAGAGAAUUUUGUACGAUACUGUUUCAUAAAGAAAGAUGAAAACUUGCAAAAUGCAGCCAAAAUUUUGAUGAAAUGGAAUUCAUAACGGCGAUAAAGAAUGUUUCCUUUUAUAUCUGAUUUUUUAUACUACGAAAUAAACGAUAUUUAUAAAAUA